AUGUUCCGACACGGGCAAGUCCUUCACAGACGAGAGCCUCAGAACUCAGAUGCGCUCAGCACCCUGCCUUCUAUCAUACCGAAUCCCACGUCGGGUCUUCCGCCGUCAAUAGGUCUUGAUCCGAGUUCUGUCACUCCAAAUCCGGCCGUCACAGCUCCCAUUGUGACGGCUGAGGCAGUAUCUGGACUCACCACCAUCACCGAGACACAGACCCUACAACAGAGCCUUACUGGCCAAGGCAUCGAAACCACCUUUACCACCGAACGAACCAGGACUAUCACCAACACAGCCGAGUAUGCCUCUCUCACUUCAGCGGCUGCGGCUGCAGCCUCCUCGACAGUUUCGCGGUCCUCCUCGACAACGUCUGCCGCUGCCACGAGCAGUGCUGCUGCCCAAAAGUCUAGUUCCAAUCUCGGCACUCUGAUCCCGGCAAUUGUUGUCCCGAUAGUCGUGGUAUUGUUGGCGUCGUUGGGUAUAUUUUGGUUUUUCAUGAGACGGAGGCAUCGGAGGGACCUACAUAUUGAACCAGAGUUUGUGAUGACGGGCAAGGGCGAGAAGUUGAGCAGCCGUUCAAGCAGCAGGUCAACCACAUCUAUUCCCAAGGCACUCGAGAAAAAGUCUCCGGCGGUCGCCCAGAAAGAACUCCCGUCUUCAACCUCGCCACCGACUCCUAUGUCUGAGUGGCCGUCAGCGCAGAUUGGUGUCGCUCGGCCGCUGACCCCGCAAGAAUCGAACUCUGCUGGAAAGGAUAGACUUUUUGAUCAACCGAGAUCUCUGACAGCAAACUCUCCCUAUAGAAAUAUGCGGAGUCCGGUCACAUCAGGGCGGCCAUCGACAUCUGGACGAGGAGCCCAGCCACCUUCAAGCCGGGAUCAAGCAUCGAACAGGAGCAGGAGUAACAGCACGCCGGGCCAGCGAGGUCAACCACCAACCUCACGGUCAGGCCCUAGUCCAAUCCCUAGGACAGGCCCGAGCCCAGUCUUGCGAAGCGGACCCAGUCCAGUACCUCAACGGCUAAGCCCUGCCGAAUCUCCACGACCAGGACCACCGUCAGCUUUCCGCUUGCGUGAUCCUUCUCCCACCAUGAACUUGAGCAAUCGAGCACAGGCACCAUCGCGGCUUGAGGCUCCGCCGCCGGGCGCUUUCAACGGUGCCUCGUCCAUAUCACAAUACUCGCCUAUUGUGAAAGAUACGCCCGUGAUUGCGAAAACACCCACCAACAAACGACCACCGCCACCCAUCAAGACUGCCAAUCUUGGAGUAAAAGGACUCAAGUCACCCUCUUCACCUCCUGGCCAUGGCUUGACAGAGGAAAAUCUCCGUAUCGCGCGAUUGGCCAACUCGUCUCGCCUGGGUCGUACUCCUGGAGACCUCACUCCAUCACCCAAGUUGCCUCCCCCGGCUACUCGUUCACAAUUGAUACCUCGAGAAAGUCCAAAGGAGCAACAAGAUCGCUUCUUUGGUGGGAGUGUGAACAAUCUAGCGAUACAUCAUCCUCAGAGAGCAUCGGUUCAUUACGAAGGUUCUCGAGCCAGCAUAGUGUCGGAUGCUGACGACUAUGAGGAUAUCGAGGCCAAAUCGGAUGUCAGUAGUCUCAAUGAAUUUGAACGCUUCGACUUUGGCACCGACGUUAAUGGUGGCAGGGGAAGUGCUGGUGGAGGCUCCCUGACAUUCUUUGCGGCCCAAAAUAGUCCGGCAAGUGACAGAGGAAGCGCCUUUGGCAACGCUGGAACUCACGAGCGUUGGUGA